AUAUCGUGAAAAAUUAAAUUGGUACUAAAACUAUGGCGGGAAAAAGAAGACCUAGAAAUCAACCCUUUUAACAAAUUAUUACUUCCAGAAAUCAUUUCCGGAGAGAAAGCGAGGCGCAGAUGGAGAAGGUGAUUUCGGAGGCGGAAGAGCUGCCGAAGGCUAUCGUGCGCCGGGUGGUCAAAGAUAAGCUCUCCGAUUGCUCCCCCGACACCGACAUUACUCUUCACAAGGACUCCCUCAUCGCCUUAGCCGAAAGCGCGCGCAUCUUCAUCCACUACCUUUCCGCCACGGCUAAUGAUAUUUGCAAGGAAUCGAGGAGACAAACAAUAAGUGCGGAUGAUGUGUUGAGAGCGGUGGAGGAAAUCGAAUUUCCGGAGUUCGUGAAGCCUCUCAAGGCUUCCCUUGCCGAGUUCAAGCAGAAGAAUGCAGAAAAGAAAGGGGAAGCAUCAAAGGCAAAAGAAAUGAAGAAGAGGAAAUUAGCAGAAGAAUCGUCAGGGAAAGAUGGUGCUAAAAGCAAACUUAGUAAAAGGGAUAAAGACUCUGAAGAAGAGGCUGAAGAGGAGGGUAAUGAUGAUGGAAAUGAAUACAUUCAAUCAGAAGGUUAAAUAGAUAAAUACUGAUUUCUUGAGAUUUCUGGAUGUAGGCUGAUAGAAAGCGUUAACAUUUUUAGUUGCUGGCAAGAUGCUCUUUUCCUUUUCGCUUUAUUUAGCAGAGAGGACAAAGUCAAUACAUUCUAAAUUUUAAUUUGACCUAUCCUGGAAGUUCCUCAGCUAUCUAGUAAAAUUUUGCACUGCUUCUCUAAAAGAUUAUCAUAGUUGGAGGCAUGAUUUUGUAGACAGCAUGUGGAUACUUGGCUUUAAUUCUAUUAUCAUUUAUGUUUUUACUUUUUGAUUUGUUGUGAAUUUUCAUUAGAGUUCUUAGUUUUGCAGUCCAGAGUUGAAGAGAUCUGUUCUCAUCUAAUAAUUUAUGUUGUGCAAU